AUGCCGCCACAUUCAUAUUCUCCUCUACUUCCCAUCUCCACGCCCACAGCCAUCGCAUCGCCUUAUGGGCAACAACCUCCUCCUGCUCCCACGGCAGCGAACCAUGUCCAGCGCUUCGCCAUCACGACUUUCUCUCUCGCCCGUUUCGCCCGCGGUGUCUCGCUCAUAGCAUACCCGCGCUUUGGCCUCUGGGCCCUCGACAUCGCACCCGAUGGUUCAGCGUAUAUGCUCGCCAGUCUGAUCGGCAUCCGCGAUAUUCUCCUCGCGGGGCUUUUGUACACGAGCGAUACUACAAAUGCUGCGACCGACUCUGCUGCUCGUCGCGAAGUGACCCGUGCGCUUGCGACGAAUCUGUUCAGCGAUGCGCUCGAUGCGUUUGUGCUAAUCUUCUACGCUGCGUGGUCUGACGAUUGGGGGAAUCCGAUUGCGGUUAUUGUCAUCUCUGCUGUCAUGGCGAUCUUUGAGCAUUUGACGCUGUGGAGCUUGAGUGAGGAUGAUUGGGCUGCGCAUGAGUAUGGGAGUCUGGGCGAUGAUAAGAAGGCGAGGAUGAAUGCUUGGCUCCGAGAGUUGGAGCGAUAUGGUCCUGAGGAGUAUCGACCUGAACAGUCCGUUGGGCCGUCUUCGCGAGCAUCGUUCAGACAGUACGGGGCUAUUGUUUAG